GCAGCUUCCGUACACUUUCAGCAUGCGAUGUUUUUGAACAUGUUAGCAAUAUUAUCAAAGGUUAUGCUCCUUGUAAAGUACCACGACUCUUUUUCCAGCUAUGUUACAGUUUAAUUACCGAUCGCGUUUCGUUUUUAAUAACUUGUUUGGAUUUUUCUGUUUAGGCGAACAGCCGACAUGACUUUAAAAACACAAUUUAGCCAUUAGCCCGUUCAACAUUCAGUCUGUAACGACAAGAUGUUGUCGAGAGUUAAAACAGCCCGCUGGCUCUCAGCGAGGAUAUGUUCAGGAGUUAGUUUAGGACAGGGUAAAGGACAGGACGUGAGACACACAAGGGUCGGUCUCAGAGACGUCUGCACCGCCACGAAACUUUACGGAAAAGCCCGAGAGAUUCCGAGUAAGAGAGACGUGUCUGAAAAGAAGCUGACUCGACAAUUUGUGGACUCUCGUCGUGUGAGGCUGGUGGCCGGUUCUGGUGGGAAGGGAGUGUGCACCUUUCACAGUGAGCCCAGGAAGGAGUGGGGCGGACCGGAUGGAGGGAAUGGAGGCGAUGGAGGAAGCAUCAUUCUAAAGGCUGACCGGUUUGUGAAAUCAUUGGCCAAAGUGGGGCCACUUUACUCAGGAGAGAGCGGGCACUCGGGGAGCAGCAAGAACUGUCACGGUCGGAACGGCAGCACGACUUACGUUUCAGUGCCGAUGGGAACGGUGGUGAAGGAGCAGGGGGACACCGUAGCGGACCUUUCCGAGCACGGUCAGGAGUAUGUGGCAGUAUUUGGAGGGUCGGGGGGAAAGGGAAAUCGAUUCUUUCUGUCAAAUGAGAACCGUGCCCCAAUGACUGCAACCGCCGGUAUGGCCGGUCAGGAGCGGGUCCUUCAUUUAGAGCUGCGCACUAUGGCUCAUGCUGGACUGGUUGGUUUUCCCAAUGCGGGGAAGUCGUCACUGUUGACAGCCAUCUCCAACGCCAGGCCUGCUGUAGCUGCUUAUCCUUUCACCACACUCAACCCACACGUUGGGAUUGUUCAGUACAGGGACCACGAGCAGGUUGCAGUUGCUGAUAUCCCAGGCAUCAUCCGAGGAGCCCAUUUAAACCGAGGCUUGGGUAUCUCCUUCCUGCGCCACAUAGAGCGCUGCCGUUUCCUCCUGUUCGUUCUGGACCUGUCGGAGCCAGAGCCCUGGACUCAGCUCCAACAUUUGAGCUAUGAACUGGACCAGUAUGAGCCUGGUCUGUCCCAGCGACCUCAGGUCGUUGUAGCCAACAAAAUGGACCUACCUGAGGCCCAGGAGAAGCUGGAGACUCUGAAGAGCCACGUCACCCAGAGGGUCAUUCCUGUGUCUGCUCUCACAGGACAGAACACAGAGGAGCUCAUCCUCCAUCUAAGAGAGUUGUACGACGGCUACCUCCAGAGUAGUUCAGAAGAAAAACCAGUUAGGUGGUAGGGACCGUUUAUUUAUAGAAUCAGCAGGGGAUCAAUAUGAAUGCAUUUAAAAUUUUAAAUAA